AUGAAGAUUCACGUGAGAAACAUAGUUUCUAGACUCUGCGUUGCUCACGCGUGGAUUGCACCCCACAUUGUUUCUUGUAGCUAUAUCACUGAAACCCAUCAUGCCAAUGCCGCUAAGCAUGAAGCCUCAGUUGUACACAAAGACAUUAAUCUAUUUGGUUUGGAUUCAACCACUUUCCAUGUUGCCUGCCACAUGUUUGAAGAGAUGUCUGACCUAACUGUUGCUUCAGCAACGACCAUAAUUCAGGGCUUCGUUAAGCGGCACUGUUAUGAAGAUGCUAUCCAUCUUUUCUCGAAGAUGUUGGCCUCAGAAAUUAGACCCAAUGAGUUCACAUUUGGAACCGUGCUUAAUUCCUCUACUUCACUUGGAAAUGUUGUUGUUGGAAGACAGCUUCAUGCUUGUUCAAUGAAGGUUGGGCUCAGUUGUCAUGUAUUUGUUGGUAGUGCUCUUCUUGAUUUGUAUUUCAAGCUGAGUACUACAGAAGAUGCCCAGAAGGCUUUUAAAGAUACUGAACAUCCUAAUGUGGUGUCUUAUACAACUCUAAUUUGUGGGUACUUGAAGAGAGGGAAAUUUGAAGAUGCUCUGCGGGUUUUCGAGGAGAUGCCUGAGAGGAAUGUUGUCUCGUGGAAUGCGAUGGUUGGUGGGUGUAGCCAAACGGGUCAUAAUGAAGAAGCUGUGAAUUUUUUUAUUGGCAUGCUUAGAGAAGGAUAUAUACCAAAUGAAUCUACAUUUCCGUGUGUGAUUUGUGCAGCUGCAAAUAUAGCUUCUUUUGGAAUUGGGAGAAGUUUCCAUGCAUGUGCAAUCAAGUUUUUGGCCAAGGUUGAUCAGUUUGUCGGUAAUUCACUUAUCAGCUUCUAUGCAAAGUGUGGAAGUAUGGACGAUAGCCUGCUAAUGUUUGACAAGCUUUAUAGAAGGAACAUAGUUUCGUGGAAUGCCAUGAUAUGUGGUUAUGCACAGAAUGGAAGAGGUGCUGAAGCGAUAAGCUUCUUCGAAAGAAUGGGUUCUGAAGGCUAUAAACCCAAUUAUGUCACCCUUCUUGGGUUACUCUGGGCUUGUAAUCAUGCAGGUCUUGUUGAUGAGGGCUACUUUUAUUUCAAUCGAGCCAUGCUUGAGAGUCCCAAUUUACUAAAACCUGAGCAUUAUGCUUGUAUGGUUAACUUGCUUGCUCGCUCAGGAAGAUUUGCAGAAGCUGAGGAUUUUCUUAAGAGUGUGCCUUUUGACCCUGGACUUGGAUUUUGGAAGGCAUUGCUUGGGGGAUGUCAAAUCCACUCCAACAAGGAGUUGGGAGAGCUUGCUGCAAGAAAGAUUUUGGCUUUGGAUCCUGAUGAUGUAUCAUCAUAUGUGAUGUUGUCAAAUGCUCAUUCUGCAGCAGGUAAGUGGUUAGAUGUGGCAACAGUAAGGACUGAAAUGAAAGAUAAAGGGAUGCAGAGGAUUCCAGGUAGCAGUUGGAUUGAAGUCAGAGGCAAAGUUCAUGCCUUUCUUACUGCAGACUAUAAUCAUGAUAGAAUAGAUGAAACUAAUUUGCUUUUAAAUUUUUUCUGCGAGCAUUUAAGGGAAAGUGAAGAUUCCGAUUCGUUCAACAUUUAUUGGUAUCUCAGUUCUUAA